AUGUAUUAUUCGCUUUCAGACAGACGUCCGCAUGCAAUAUUUAUUUUCACUUAUUACGAACUCGUAUCUCGACGAUUCGUGGAUAUGCGUGGCAACCACUCCAGACACAUCUCCUUCUUUUUCUUUGUCUUUCUCCUUCUUUUGUCCUUCUUUUUCUGUCUUUCUCCUUCUUUUUUGUCCUUCGUUUUUUCUGUCUUUCUCUUUCUUUUUGUCCUUCUUUUUCUGUCUUUCUCCUUCUUUUUGUCCUUCUUUUUCUGUCUUUCUCCUUCUUUUUGUCGUUCUUUUUCUGUCUUUCUCCUUCUUUUUGUCGUUCUUUUUCUGUCUUUCUCCUUCUUUUUGUCGUUCUUUUUCUGUCUUUCUCCUUCUUUUUGUCGUUCUUUUUCUGUAUUUCUCCUUCUUUUUGUCGUUCUUUUUCUGUAUUUCUCCUUCUUUUUGUCCUUCUUCUUCUUUUUGUCUUUCUCCUUCUUUUUGUCUUUCUCCUUCUUUUUCUUCUUUUUGUCCUUCUUCUUCUUUUUGUCCUUCUUCUUCUUUUUUUUCUUCUUUUUUUUUGUCUUUUCUCCUUUUCUUUUUUUUUGUCUUUCUUUUCUUUCUUUUGUCUUUCUCCUUUUUGUCUUUCUCCUUCUUCUGUAA